AUGCUCCCUCACCAGGCGCUGUCCACUCGGAUGUUCGUGCUGAUCCUGAGCGGGAUUCUCGGCGGCGGCUCCAGCACUCGGGUUUUGAGCGGUCAGACCGUGUGCUAUGGGGGCCCAGAGUACCCCUGUUACAAGAUCGCCUACUUCCAGGACCUAAGCCGGCGUAUCGGCUUUGAGGAGGCGAGUCAGGCUUGUGAGAUGGAUGGUGGAGCCCUUGUCAGCAUCCGCUCAGCCACUGAACAGCGGCUGAUUGAGAGCCUCCUCCAGGACCUCACCAAGUCGGGCUCUGGGCUUUCGGAUGGAGAUUUCUGGAUUGGACUGAGGAGGAGCGAUGAGGGCCAGUCCCACAACACCUACAGUGGAUGCCCCGACCUCUACGGGUGGACAGAUGGAAGUGCAGCCAAGUUCAGGAACUGGUAUGCAGAUGAGCCUUCGUGUGGGAGUGAGGCUUGUGUAGUGAUGUAUCACCAACUGACCGCUCAGCCUGGGCUGGGAGGCCCCUACCUCUAUCAGUGGAAUGAUGACAGGUGUAACAUGAAGCACAACUUUGUCUGCAAGUAUGCCUCAGAAAACCUCUUGACCAAUGAAUCCGAAGACCUUGUGGAGUCAGGUUAUGUUUCAGAAAAUGUGUCCACGGGCCCAGAACUCAAGGUUCAAGCACCGAGUAACUCUGCCGAUGACCAACACCACAUGGUUGUGACAGAAUCAUCAGGGAUAAUGCCCAAUGUGGUGUACGUCAUCAUUCCUACAAUUCCACUGCUGUUGUUGUUGGUGGUUGCCCUGGCAACCUGCUGCAUCCAGAUGUUGACCAGAAGCAAAGACCGAUCAAAGAGCAGCCCAAAUGAGUCAACUCUCUGGAUAUCCGCAGCUCCGAAAAAGGAGAACCUUGCUGAUGUUUAGUAAUCUUCAGGCCAGACUUAAUCCCAUGGAUAAAGCGUCAGGCAGCAUCAUUAAACACACACACACAAAACCAACCAUCUGACAAGCUGAUUCCAGACUUCUGAGAGAAUGCACACAGAGACAAGACAGAUCUGAGAGAGACCAAGGAGCAUCCAACCAGAUCAUCAACAGAAACGAGAAAUCAAAAUUCCCCUUCCUCUUGUCAAUUUUUCUUUUCACUGCUGUCUUCAGGAUGGAUUUUAGAAAAAGCAGAAGAGAUACAGUUGCUGAGGGCAGUGUCAAUGGAAACGAUGAGUGCUAGUAGUACACAGCUUUUGGACAAACGCCAAGAGGUGGACAAAACCAAGAGACAGGUCAGGGUUCUAAUCUGGGGGUUUUGGCAGAAAAUGGACUGCUUAGGGAUUUGAAAACUCAUU